CCUCCACCGGGGUUUCAUACGUACUACGGAUACCUAUGCCAUGCAUCUUCUCGUCUAUGCUCCAGCUCUUUUCUCGCUUCUGCAAGUCACUUUCGAGUCUGGAGCCUUGAGUCUUGAGGUCAGUGAGUGCGCCCAAUGCCACCAUCCGCAACGUCCCAUGUGGAGAUCAGCCCGGCUGGCCUCCCCGCUCCAGCGCUCCCUCGCCAACACAUCCUUACCGCCUCUUUCAUGAGCCUUUCUUUUUCUUAUCGACGAGACGUGUCGAAGCCGUCACACAAAGAUGCCAUACGCUUCAUCUCUUGAUUCAUCAUUGACUCACCAAUGGCUACUCUAAUUCUUGUGGUCUGAUCCACCCAGCUCGUUUUUCUCUCUUCUCCAACACCUCAAGACAGAGUAAACCACAGCGGCGAACAGGGAUCUGCAUCGUCUUGCUGCAGCCUACUGCAGCCUGUCUAACCAGGUCACCUGCGGCAACACGUGUAACCACUCUCACUGUCACCCUCUGCUGUGCUGGGAGAUUACCCAUUGGCGACCUCUCCAAAGCACUGCAGAGCGCCACAAAGUCACAGACUGAGAGAGAGAUUCCCAACCCAGUUGUGAUUGGGCCGCUGACCGUAGGCCACCGCGUGAGCCACAGUCGCAGACAUCGGCAGAUCGGGUAUCGCGAUGGCGCCAAAAAAUCUUUGAUCCUGAAGAGGGGCGAACUUCCCGUCUGCGCCUGCAUGGCGGCCUGAAGCAGGGCGUUGGCCGGUGUUACUCGAAACCGAAUGGGUGCAACAGCUUUUUCCAAGUCUUCACAACCUCUCGCGGACGCAAGUCGUACUUAAAGCUCUUCCGCCGGAGAUCCACAUUUGCCGUGUUGUCCGUCGGCCCCACUCUCGCCGACUCCCCGAGCCCGCCGGCCCGGAAUCCUGGUUUUACGGCCCUCUCGGCAACCAUGGCGGCGACCAUGGAAAUCAUGUGGUCCGCUUUCCAAAAGUGACGUGGAAGGAAUAAAAUCGCAUCUUCUGUUCUAGCCGCCUCCGAAAAUGUUCUAGGCCUGUCGGGGAAUUGAAACCCUGGCAACGGCUUGGUUCCGAAACCAAGGGUUAACAGUCUGGCCAAACCAAACGGUGUCGGAACGAUCCCGAACAUGGGCUCUAUCCAGAUCCCUAUGGCCAUCAGCUCAACCUUCAACGCCAUGAUAAAAGCGUUUGAUCUUUUUCGGAAACUGUAGUCAUGCUGUCAUUAUUAACCUCUGUAUCAACAUAUUCACAGUGUUCAGAUAAUUCUAUAUAUCUAAGAUGGUCGUGACGCAAAUCCACAGCGUUCUUCAACGCCUACGACAAGAGCAUUUCGUCGCCUCCAUACUCUUCGCCGCCGCAGCCACCACCAUACUUCUCAUCACGAUAUUACUUCAGUACUUCAAACCAGUCGGGAAACGCAGAGGAAAUGAUGGAAGACGUCCCGUUCUACCACCAGGCCCCGAAGGCGUUCCCCUAUUCGGGAACCUGCUCCAAGUCAAUUCCAGCAAAGGAGACCCCUACAACAGAGGCCUCCUCUCCAUGGCAAAAUACGGAGAAAUGACCACCCUCCACCUAGGCUCAAAGACCCUAGUCCUCCUGAACAGCAGCCGCGUCGUGAGCGAAAUCAUCGCCAAGCGAAGCAGCCAGACGAGCACCCGGACCCCCAUGCCCAUCUCCAACGACAUCGUCGGCCGCAACCGCAAGUCCCUCAUCAUGUCCCAAAAGGACUGGGCCGAGCCCCGGCGCGUCAUGCACUCCCUCCUCAGCGGCACCGCCCUCCGCCAGUACGGCGAGUUCCAGGAGCUCGAGAGCACCCAGAUGAUGGCCGAGUACGUCUUCAAGCCGGGCAUGUGGUACCGCCACCACUACCGCUACGCCAACUCGGUCAUCCACCGCAUCGCCCUCGGCGAGCGCCUCGUCAAGAGCGAGGAGGAGCUCGUCGACAUGCAAAACGCAGUCACCUUCUUCGUCGGCUCCAUCGGCAGCUCCAUCAUCGACUGGUUCCCCGACCUCGCAAAGCUCCCGCGCUUCCUCCAGCUCUGGCGCCCGCACUGGGAGGCCCUCGGCCAGUGGAACUACGACCUCUACGACCGCUGGUACAGCCCCAUCGCCGCCAAAGUCGAGAACGGCACCGCGCCCCCGUCCUUUGUCCGCGACACGCUGCUCCACCCGGACACAAAGUACAAGGGCGACCACGUCGACGGCAUGUACGUCGCCAUGCAGCUCAUCGAGGCCGGCAGCGACACCACCCGCGAGGCCCUCAACAUCAUGACCAUGGCCGCGCUCGAGUACCCGGCCGUGUUCAAGGCGGCGCGCGCAGAGGUCGACGCCCUCUGCGGCGUCGACGAGCAGGCCCGCCUGCCCACCCUCGCCGACAUGGACGACCUGAAAUACAUCUGCGCCAUGGCCAAGGAGAUCCUGCGCUGGCACGUCAUCUUCCCGCUCACGCCGGACCACACGACGUCUGCGGACAUGGAGUUUGAGGGGUACUAUUUCCCCGCGGGGACCGGGUUCGCCAUCAACGGGCCCGCCGUCGCCAACGAGUGCGAGGAUCCGGACGAGUUCAAGCCCGAGAGGUGGCUGGACGGCCACGAGGCGGAUAUCGCGCAUGGGUUGUGGGCUUUUGGCGGCGGGCGGAGGAUAUGUGUGGGAUACCGCCUGGCUCAGCGCAGCAUGUUUUUGAAUAUUGCCAGACUGGUUCAGUGUGUCGACUACAAGCCUAAUGGACCGUACAACAGGAACAUCCUGAACCUGGAGGCCACGGGCGAGCCCUUCCCUGUCAAGGUCGACAUGAGGAACAAGCAUUACGAGUCUCUCAUCCUGCGAGAGGCUCAGGUUGCUGGUGUUUUGGAGGACGCUAAGCUGAUGCGGGACUAA